GCAGGCAGCUGCUUCUUCCUGGCAGGCUGAGAUGAGAUGAUACAGCUUAGCGGCAAACCUUGGGGCUUCCUGCCCUAAUCUGGGAUGGCGAAUGACAGCUUGUGGGCUACAGUGCCAGGUACCCAGAGAGCUCAGCGUAUCAGCUUCUGACAGCAAAGUUCACAUGCAGUAACCAACAGAGGAACAUCAGGAAGAAAGCGAAUGAGGAGGGAAGAUGAAAUGGUGACAGAAAAAACAGCCACCCAAAAAAAUGGUCUGUUAUGACUUGGAUGGGCAGGGGUAGGGGGCGACCCUCCAAUCCAUGCCUGUAUUUGUUUUUGAGUUGAAGGCUCACUAGCGGUGUGAUCAAGAGCACUUCUACACCCCAGCUCCUCGCAAGGAGAGAGGAAGUCCACAUCUGGCAAGGAUUCAGCAACCCACCUGCAUCACUGUAACUGCUGGAAAGGAUUGGUAAGACAGCCAGUAAUAAGCAACUUCCUGGUCACCCAUAUCAAGUGAUCCACUGAACCACGGGCUGAAAGAAUCAGUGAAAAGAAACACACCCAUACUUCCCAGUAGUGGACCAAGGAAAUGAUCUGCCUCCUGCACUCCUGAGAAGAAUAAUCUCCCUCUGCAGUCCUCAUUGUGCCCCCUUUGUCUAUCAGCAGCCUACACCACAUCACUGAGACCUUUUGCUGGUGCCCUCCUGGGCACAUGAGUUGCCCAGGAGGCAAUGGCAAUACAGUUGUGCAAGGAUUACAGUGCCAACCACCGGCUCCACCUGGUUGGGUACAGCCUGAUCUUUGUGGCAGGCAUCGUGCUCAACGUCGCGGCACUCUGGAUCUUCUUGCGCUACCUGCGCCUCAAGACUGUGGUGAGUAUCUACAUGUUCAACUUGGCAGUAAGCGACUUGCUCUUCACAUUAUCCCUGCCACUGCGGCUCUACUAUUACUCCAACCAACGCUGGCUCUUUGGCAACUUUCUUUGCCAGGUCUCUGGCUCCCUCUUCCAGAUCAACAUGUAUGGCAGCUGCCUCUUCCUCAUGUGCAUCAACCUAGACCGCUAUGUUGCCAUUGUCCACCCACUCCGCUGGCGCCACCUGCGGCGCCCCAAGGUGGCCCGGCUGCUCUGCCUGGUGGUCUGGGUGCUCAUCCUCAUGGGCUCUGUUCCAGUUGCAGGUGUCCACAAAUCAAGCUCCUGCUUGACAGGGAAUCAGACAACUGAUCUGUGUUUUGAGAGCUUCAGCAAUGACCUGUGGAAGAAUGGCAUCUUCCCGCUGGUUGUCCUGGCUGAAGUCCUGGGCUUUCUCUUGCCACUGAUGACUGUGAUAUACUGCUCAUUCCGGAUCUUUCUGAAGCUGUGCCGGGUCAGCCAGACAAACAGCCUGCGGCAGCAGAAAACCAUCCGCCUGCUUGUGGUCAAUCUCAUCAUCUUUGUUAUCUGCUUUGUCCCCUACAACACAACUCUGGCUGUCUAUGGGCUGAUAAAGGCCAAUGUGAUCCAGGCCGAGCUAUCCACGCAGACCUCAGUGCGCCAAGUUCUUAUUGUCACAGUGCUGUUGGCCAGCAUGAAUUGUGCUCUGGACCCCCUUAUCUACUACUUCAGCACUGAAGGUUUCCAUAACACCUUCAAGAAAUUGCGGCGGAGGCAAGCCUGGGACUCUGAGUUUGGAACAGGCAAAACUCAGACUGGGGAAGUGCACUCUACUUCAAAAACAAAGUGGAUCCCCAGCCAGAGAACUGUCUGCUCCAAUAGAGACUUGCCAUCACCUCCCACCAAGAUAUUUUUGAACAGCCCCAUUGAAGACUCAGAAAUAUAAUCCUGGAAUUAUGGGACUGCUGAGUUGGGAGGGGGGAGGGGAGGAGUCAUAAAAUGAUAACAGGGAGAUUGUGAGAAUUUGCUGUAAAGUGCUGUGCUCAAACUGCACAGCGGUGUGAGUGCAGCACAAUGGUAAGCACAUAUACGAAGCCUUCGGACCAAAAUCUGUUGAACUGCAAUUAAAUUAUGAUAAAGUAUUU